AAUGAACAUGAUCCUUACCUGUCUCAUGUCAUGAUUGACAAUCUCGGUAUCUAUCUUCGCUUCAAUCGGAACUGCCUAUCAAACUCUAUCUAUCCAACCCAACCAGUCUAAGUCAAUACUUUCUCUUUUACCAUCAAAGAUGAAACUCAUUUCUGUUGUCAUUGCCGCUCUUGCUACCACUAGUGUGCAGGCUGGAGCCUUGCAGAGACGGUGCACGGGGCUCGCUCAGGGCUGCUACAUGCUUAAGCGUGCCGCUGAUGCCAGCGAAGACGUCCGGCGCUCUGCUGAGGCCCUUGCUGAGGCUACGCCUGAAGCAGAAGGUUUGGCCAAGUGGUGUCAUUUGCCUGGUCAAGGAUGCCUCAAGUUUAAGCGGGCUGCUGAGGCUGUUGACGAAGCCAAACGUUCGGCCGAUGCCCUCGCAGAUGCCAUGGUAGCUCUCGACGAGGAGUACUAGAAGGCUCGAUACUUCUAUCGUCCAUGUCUUCUCUAGAUACGUGGGAAAGAACAUUCCACGAAGCAGCUCUUUCUAUUGACCUAUCUACCUCCAUUGCUACCCUUGUCUUUUGCGAUGUUUAUAUCCUAUGCGCGCCCUUUCUUGGGGGCACCUGUUUAGGGA